AUGGAGUACACAGAAAAGGUGCCCAACCGAGACCGCACGCGGUUCCGGUAUGGACUCGGUGUCCUGGCUCCUAUAGUAGCGUGGCCAACACUGCUCAUGCCUAUGGAUUUUGCACUUACAUCUCAGUUCGCGGCUUUUGUCAUGCUGUACUUUGCUGAUUCUCGAGCUACCGUUCGAGCUUGGGCACCCUCGUGGUAUGGAGCAUACCGGUUUGUAUUAACCGCUGUCGUGGGCGCUGCCAUUUUUAUCAGUCUCAUCGGGCGGAUGAAAGUAGGCGAUGCGAAGCCAAGGCUAACAGGCCUGGAUGAGAAGCUACACGGCCGAAGGGGCGAGGAAGAUUAUACCAAGAAGUGGGAAGAUCUUGAGAAUAAGGAGAAAGAAAAAAUAGAAAAGGAAAAGAAGGCCGAAGAGAGAAAGAAGAAAGAAGAGGCAAAGAAGGCAAAGGGGGAUGAGAAGAAGUCAAGUAGCGGGAAGGAAGGGGGUAAAGAGGAAAAGGAUGAAAAUGAUGAAAAGAAGGACGAUAAGAAGGACGAUAAGAAGGACGAUAAGGAGGACGAUAAGGAGGAGGAUAAAGGUGGGAAGGAUGCGAAACAAGCCGACAAGAAGAAGGGUGACAGCAAGUGA